AUGUUGCGUUCUCAUUUUGAGUUCGCUUAUGUUCUUAACUUUAUUAUCUUCGUAUCAUCAGUAUCAUUUGGUGAUUUCUGUUCAAAUGAUUUAUCUUGUCAAUAUCCUUUAAUUUGUUCUAAUUCAAGUAAAUGUAUAUGUCCAACAAAAUUUUGGAAUGUAGAACAAAAUACUUGUCUAUAUUGUCAAUAUGGAUGGAUUGAAUGGCAAAAUCAAACAUGUCUUUUAUUUAUACAACCACCAGAUGGUGGUGUUACAUAUGAGAAAGCAAAAAAUACUUGUUUAACAUAUUCAGGAGAAUUAUUACAAAUUAAUUAUUAUCAAGAUUAUAUAGAAUUUCAAUAUAAAAUAAACGAUUUAUUACAGAGUGAAUAUGUUAACCCUUUCAAUCCCGCAUGA